AUGUGGGACUGCGACAACAUCAUGCCGCGCGGACAGGAGCACGUGCGGCUUCGCGAGAGGAUAGAGGAUCUCGCGCGGGCCGCAGAGGUCCGCGAGCUGCUGGCGUUCGCGAACACGGCUACGGUUGGCAGCAGGAGGCCCUCCGCGCUGGAGCUCGAAGCAGCGGGGUGGAGUGUGGCUGUAUCGGCUCAGAACGUACGGCAAUCCGCAGACACGCUGCUUCGCGGGGCGGUGGCGAGGUUCUGCUCGGAGCACAGGUCAGACGGAGGGAUCGUGCUGGUCAGCAACGACUCCGGGUUCGCGGGCGACGUGGUGUACGCGCGGCACGUGGGCGCCGCCGUGGUCGUCGUGAACAGGCUCAUCUUGAGCGACCGCGGGCAGCGGCAGCUGGCGCGCUGGCGCCGGUCGCGCAUGCCGGAGCUGACGCACAUUGUGCUGUGGGAGCACAACAAACGGCGCGGGCGGCCGGACGCGUCUCAGGCGGACGCGCGACGCGGUUGGCGGAUCGAGCCGCACCGGGUGCGGCUGGGCAGCGAGGGCGUGGAGCGGUGGCGGGGAGGCACGCAGGACGUUGUUGUUCCAGAGGGGAGACACGUGGGGGUGUUUUGGGACUGCGAAAACCUCUGUCCGGGCGGCGGGGACCUCGAGGCCCUGGCGAGGGUGGCGGAGCACGUUGAGUCGCUGGUGCCGUCGCACGCGCGCAGCGUGACGCAGGUCACGGCUCUCGCGCAGGCCACCGUGUCGCGCACGGGCGCGAGCGGGGCGCGACAUGUGCGGGACCGCCUCGCACGCUGGGAGGUGCUGGUGGUGAAUGACGCGCCCGAGGCGGCCGACGUGGCGCUGCGGGCACGGAUCGACGCGUUCGCUCUCGCGCAUGAGGAUGACGGCGCGAUCAUUCUCGUGUCGGAGGACGCUGGGUUCGCGCCGGACCUGGCGUACGCCUCCUCCCUCGGGUGUCGGACCGUGUCGGUUGGGUGCAUCGUCGCGGGAGCCGACGAGGCCGCUCAGGAGGAGAGGUGGGCGCGCAGCAGCGUGGGCCUCGUGGCGCACGUGUCCCUGCUGUGGCGCGCUCAGAACGCGGCGGCGCACCGUCCCGACGCAGAGGACGUGCACUUCCAUUCCUUGUGGAUCCCGGAGUGCGAAGACGACCGGCUCGUCCCCUGA